CUACCAAGUAGCAAAAUAGCUUCUACUUUGUUUAUGUCCUCUUGGUUAGCUGACAGCUAGUACGGCGCUUUGCCUGCCUAAACAUCCAUGUCUACACGUUUCAUGCUGAGGGCCGGAUCGUCGUAAACUCAAACCGAGUGUCCUGGAUGCCGGGGAUGGGAUGUUUUGUUGAAUGAGGCGAAGCCGCUAGGAGCCGAUAGGAGGAUGAACUCCAUCACCGGUCGGGAUCUUGCCAUCCCCGCCGCCUCUGUCACCAACUCUGGAGCCUCAUCCUCCCGAGCCUUACAUGUAGAGCUCACAUCCCAGCAGAGACGAUUGCGUCACCUCCGAAGCAUUGCGGCCAGAAACAUCGUCAACAAGAAUGGUUCCCCGCUGCUGGACACAUACUUCACCCUACACCUCUGUAUAGAAGACCGCAUAUCUAGAGAUUUUUACAAGAGUGAAGUCAUACGAGACUCACUGAAUCCCACUUGGCGGAGUCUAGACUUUGGAAUGCUGCCGGACCUUCUUGACACGUCAGUGUCCUGCUUUGUGGUUCGGAUCUGGGGAGGACAGAAGGAACAGUACCAGCUCCUCAUAGAAUGGAAGGUCAAUCUGGAUGGCCUCAGAUACACGGGGCAGCAGAUUCGCUCCAGGAGUCCAAAUGAGAUCAUAUUUGGACUGAAUGAUGGCUACUAUGCAGCUGACUUUGAUCAUAAGGACCAGUCAGAAAGAAAGAAGAACAGUCUGCUUCAGGUUGACCAGAGUUCAGUCAGGAACUCCUACAGUGUCUUCUCUUUGCUCAGGCUUCACACAGCCCAGAGAGCCAUCAAGCAGACCCAAGUGACAGUGCAGAGGAUUGGGAAGGAGAUUGAGGAAAAACUGAGGACGACGGCGACCUGCACGGAACGGAAGAAGGAGCGAGAGUGCAUGCAGCUGCGUAUCGGUGUGCUUCGCAGUGAGCUGGAGCGGCAGAGGAAGGCGCUGGGCAGGGAGGUAGACCUACGGCAGAAGGAGAGAGCACAGCUUCAGAAGAAAGAGGAAGCGUUCACCAGUCAGCACGAGAGUCUGAAGGAGGAGAAAGAGUCCUUAACCAAGCUGCAAAAGGAAUGCACUGCCAAGAGAGAGCAGUUCCUCAAGUCCAACGCCCAGCUCACCUUCCGCUGUCGUCAGCUCCUGUCAGAGCUCUCCUACAUCUACCCCAUCGACUUGGCGAAUCAGUCAGAUUACGUCAUCUGCGGAGUCAAGCUGCCUAACUCGGAGGACUUCCAAGCAAAGGAUGAUGGGAGCGUGGCAGUCGCCCUGGGUUACACGGCGCACCUGGUUCUGAUGAUCUCGUGCUUCCUGCAGAUCCCUCUUAGGUAUCCAGUCAUCCACAAGGGCUCACGCUCCUCCAUUAAGGACACCAUCACUGACAGGCUCACAGAGAAGGAGCGAGAAUUCCCUUUGUAUCCCAGAGGAGAGCGAUUUCAUUUUGAAUAUGGAGUCUACUUGCUCAACAAGAACAUUGCCCAGCUGAGAUAUCAGCAUGGCUUGUCCACCCCAGACCUGCGGCAAACACUACCCAACCUGAAGAAUUUUCUGGAACACGGCCUGCUGGUCCGAUCUGACCGGCACCAUGUUUCUAGCUCCAUCCCAGUGCCCAGCAAGUCCCAGCUGGGUGUGUGUGCCGUUUCAGAGAUAGGCUACCCUUCCCACACCAGCUCCCCAGACCGAGGCCUAAGAAAGAGGGCCAGCUCAGAGGCUGAUAAGCUCAAGUACAAGGCUACCCCUCCAACCUGCUACAACGCAGCCAUGGUUGAGCAGCAGCCGCCCGAUGGCCUGGCACCACCCUCAGCCUCACCCAAACACCUGUCCUCCUCACUAGAUGCUGGCAUGACUUCACUCAGCUUGGCCAACACUCUGGAAGCCAAGGAGCAGGGAGAAAAGAACGAAGAGAGGGAUGAAGGAGGUGAGGCAGCAGUGGAGAUGGAGAGAGAAGAAGAGGCUGAAAGAGAAGUUGAAGUGGAGAGAGAGGAAGAGAUGGAGGCACAACAGCCCAGCAGUACAGUUAGAUCCACGUCCCCUACAGUGCUGGACACUGGCGAAGAAGUGGUGCCCAGCAGCCAGCACACAGGUGCCAUGAACGGCUCCUUGGUACCAGGACAGGGGCCCGUCAGCCUGGUCCCAGAGCUGCGCUGCUCGGUGGAGCAGGCCGAGGAGAUCAUGGGCACGGAGGCCACUGGCCUGGGCCUGGGGUUGGAGUUAGGAUUGGGGAUUGGGCUCGGAGAAGGGGCCCGGCUGGAGGACUACCCCUGCAUUCCUGUGGACCACGCAGUGGCUGUGGACAGUGACGAGCAGGUGCUGGGCGAAUUAGAUGUUGCUGGCUUUGAGGAGUUCUCCAGGCGCAUCUAUGCACUAAAUGAGAACAUGUCCAGCUUCCGCCGACCGCGCAAGAACUCUGACAAGUGAGGCAAAAGACCUCAGGAGAGAGAGAGAGAGUGGCUUCAAAGGCAUGCACAGUGGUGUGGACAAAUAUAAGUCAGGGACAUGAACUGAGAAGAGAAGGGUAGAGUCCCCAGGUGUGACUCCCUCUUCCAAGCAUUGUAACAUCAAAAAACAUAGGAUUAUUCUGGAAUGAUGACCAAUUUGCACUUCUUGUAUAGUAAUCCUUUAAAUAAAAUACAAUUUAAAGUGCAAGUAUUGGGGCAGUGGGCUGAAAUGGAUAUUUAAUUUUUUUUUUUAUGUGGACUACUGUUUUUUAAAGAUGGAAAUGAAACAAUAGUACAGUUUUUAUCCGUGGUCUUAGUAUUCAAUGUAAACAGUUGCCCUGUGUCAGAACAGUGUCAGUUAUUGUAUCCAGUUGACCCAAUAACCGGUGACCGUUAGUAUUAAAUUAAAUUUAAUAAAUUACUCAUAAAAUUUGCACUCUGUCACCAAACCCUUAUUGCAAUAACAGCUGUACGUUUCUCACCCAUUAACUCAUUGUUAAAACGUAAGCAUUUGUAAACUUCCUGUAAGGUCCACCUCCACACCCAAAAUCUGGCCGCCGCCUCCGGGGAUUUCAGCUACAGGAUGGAUUAUUCCCCGCAGUACCGCUGUACAAUGCGCAAUGUAUCAUACAUUGUAUAUGGGUCAUUAAAUGUCCAGGCCCUGACACAGUGCAGCAGCUUCAAAUCCUUAUCUUCACUGUACCUCAAGUUCAACAUGAGAGGGAUUUAUUGCUUAUUCUCCUAUAGAAUUCCACUUCACAUGGAUAUUGAAGUGUACUGAAGUGAGGUAUAGACUUGGGGAAUGGUGGACAUAGCUGUUUUUGCACCAUUAUACUGCAUCAGUGUUUGUAUUAUAGAAGAAGAGAAUCUUUGGUCACCCCCAGGAUGGUUGGAAUUGGAAGUUUUUUCAGACUAAAUCAACUUCAUAAAAAUUGUCCAAACUGGAGCCCACUGUCCCAGUACUUAAGCUUUUGACUGUAGAAGCAAAUGUUUGUGGCGGAGACGCUUCCCAGGCCUUCAAUUCAGGGUGCAUGACAGCAGGCAUGUGUGGAGAGAGGACAUGGCCAUCUGUGUGGUGCACAACCUGCCUCUACAUACCCAGAAAUGGGCAGGGGGAGAGUUUCAUAUUAGCAUGCAACCAAUAGCAGGUACAUUUCAAUUAAUCCCACCAAUGACCUUUGAACUAUGUCACAUGGCAGCUUGCUAUCACAAAGUGAGGUGGGAACUGCAACCAGUAGCCCAAUCACUCCCUUGCUGUGACGCACAGCAUGUCCAGGCCCUCCUGCUCGACAGGGCAACCAUCCCGUCGGUCUCCACAUCAGGUUGAGUCCCUCCUGUUGGUCUUUAGGUGAAGAUCACAAGAGUGGGAGGUUGGAACUUAUGGCACAUGGCAGGGAUACAGUGCAAUUGUUCUUCUGUCUUUCUCUGUCUCCUCUUUUCUCUUUCUCUCUCCUUUUUUUUUUUUUUUUUUUUUAUUAUUUCAGCAUACCCCAUCAAUAUAAUUAUCAAUGUUAUGUCCAAUGAAUCUCAUAUCUAGUAGACCAAAAAAUUUAAUUACAUGUCUGUACUCUGUCGUAACUUCUCGCUCAGGCUCUGAUUCUUAACACAGUAUCCGCGUUUUAAAUCUCAAUCCCAUUGUCUGUGAUUUAGCCUUUGUCUCUCAUGUCUCCCUGUUUUGAACGACCUUGCUUCCUUGCACUGGUAUCCAUCGGCAAUUACUUGCAUUAUUUAUGUCUCUCAACAAAUAUGUAUGCUUCCUUUCAAAGGAAAUCAAUAUUUUGUCUUUCUUUAUUCCCACCCACACAGGAAGUCACUCAUUGAUAUUGUCAUGUCAAAAAUAUAUCACCAGUGUUUGGGUCUUGAACGGACCACACGCACACGUCCGUAUGGAUGGAAGCUGACGUAGACAGCUGCUUUGCAUCACCUGCGUGACAAAGAUGGAUUCUCCACCGGCAUCCCACUUUUUAUUUCAGAUCAAGUACUGUGGUCGCUGACUGUUGAAAAGUAUUGUAUUUAAAAUGAAAAGAUGAACCAUAUUCGAUCAUUUCCAUAAACUGCUAUACAGUUCAGUAAGUGACCAUGUACAUAUACUUUUGUAUGGAGGGUGUUUUGUUAUUAAAGACUUACAGUCCAAUGGCAUGGAUGUAUGUAGCCCCUUUAAAAUCGGAAGAGCUCG